AUGCAGUACAAGACUAUUCUUACCGUCCUUUUCGCUACCGCGGCUCUUGCUGCCCCUAAGCCCCAAGACUCCGGCUCGUCGGACUCGGAAGUUACCGAUACCACUCCUUCAUCGGUUGACGACGGCGAUGAGGUCCCCUCCUCCAUCGAGUCCGUUCUCAUGACCGGCAUCCCCUCAACCUGGCUCAAUGACUUCUACUCCAACUCCGCCUUCAUGGAAUCCGAGAUCAGCGCCAUGCAGAGCGGUGACUACCCCGCCUGGGUCACCAGUCUCCCCUCCGCCGUCGAGGCCUACUUCACCUCCGAGAUCCAGGUUGAGAUUACUGAAUACGAAAGCAUGCUUGCCGCCGAAUCUACUGCAACCGGCUCCGAUAUCACCAUCUCUGGCACCUUGAUCCCCAGCUCUACCGCUUCCUCUACUUCUACUCCCCUCAGCACAGGGUCCACUACCGCCACUGAGACCACAAGCGGUUCAAGCUCCACCGGUUCCUCGGGCACUACUUCCUCGGGCUCCUCAUCCUCCGGCGCAUCCUCCGGUGCCGCGACCAGCACCUCUACCGGUGGUGCCGCCGCCGCUACUGGUGGCCUCGCCAUCAGCCUUGCUGGUGCUGCCGGUAUCCUCGGUGUCGCUCUUGCUCUGUGA